AGUUCACGUACUAAUUUUACGUAAUACUGGAGCUCCGCUUUCCUGGCGGAGAAGAUGGCGGCUCCUGGACCGGGAGAGUAUUUUAGCGUCGGGAGCCAUAUCUCUUGUCUUACCUGCUUGGGCCAGCGUCUGCAGGGAGAAGUGGUGGCCUUCGACUACCAGUCCAAGAUGUUGACUUUGAAAUGUGAUCCCUCCAGCAGAAAGCCAAAUCUCCACGACGUCAUCCUGAUCAAUUUAGACUAUGUUUCUGAAGUGGAUAUAAUAAAUGAUCGCACUGAAACGCCUCCUCUAGCAUCACUGAAUGUUAGCAAGCUUGCCAAUCGAGCACGGUCAGAGAAGGAGGACAAGCUAUCCCAAGCAUAUGCAAUCAGUGCUGGGGUUUCUGUGGAGGGCCAGCAUCUAUUCCAGACUAUUCACAAAACCAUCAAAGACUGUAAAUGGCAGGAGAAGAACAUAAUGGUGAUGGACGACGUUGUGAUCUCACCGCCAUACCAGGCUGACAACUGCAAAGGCAAAGAGGGAAGUGCUUUAAGUCAUGUACGCAAAAUAGUUGAGAAACAUUUUAGAGACUUGGAAAGUCAGAAGCAACGUUCACAAGCACAGCAAACACAGAACUCCACUUUAUCAUCUUGAGUCAGCGCAGUGUGGGUCGGGCCAGCCAGGGAAUGCAACACUGCGGCGGGCUGGUGGACGGCACGGCGGGCAGGCUGUCUCGACUGCAGGACGAGGUUGGCAUUCCUAGCCCUCCUUGUCAGAGACCAGGAAGAUACAGCGCUGAAGAGCACUGGGUUCAGAAGAUCAAAAAAAAAUUCACGAAAAAGAGGAAAAGACUUCAUCUUAAAUUAGACUUUAUAAAGAUAAUUUAAAACAUCAGCCAUGAAGCAACCAUAUAGUUAAAGGAAACUAACUUCAUCUCACUCAUCCCUCCCAUCAAUCCAUCAUCGUCCUCUUCUCCCCAAUGGCUUUUCUCCUUUCUUUUCCAUAAAUUUCAUUUAUUCAAAAAGAGAAAAAUAGACCAGUCAAAGGCUUGUUACCUUUUAUUUUCUGUCAAUUUCCUAUUUUUUUUGCUAUAUCCAUGUUCUACAAGUGUCUGUUUUUCUGUAUUUUAAACAAAACGUGACUUGAAAUGCCACACUUUAAAAGACAUUUUCUAAAAUAAAAGUAACAAAUUCUGACUCUAAUACAGUAAUUUCAAUAGCUUUUUGCGAGGCAAAGAACAAACCUUUUGAAAGAGUCCAUGACAAAUUAUUGAUUUCCUGUUAGGUAUUUGUACAAUGAAUUGUGUUAAAUGGAACUUUGUCUCUGAAAAAGAAUGGUCAGUCAAUAGUGCAGUAGGCCUCAUUAAACAACUGACCACUGCACUCAUGUUUCUGUUCACAUGAAGUGAGAUCAGUCUGGUUUUACAAGGCUCCAGUAGGCUACCGUUUAAUUAAGACUGUAUUCAAUGUGCAUGGUCAAACCUGGCACCAUUUACACUCUGUCCCGUUAACUAACACAUUAUACUGGUAUUGGUGCCAUGUAAAGUACAGAGAUGUAUCAUGUAAGUUGUUCAAUCAGUCCCAUUUUCUAGAAUUUGACUACACAGCCAUUGUUAUUUUCUCAUUAGAAAUAGAUUUUAUUACAGAGAACUGACCUCACAGAAUCCAGCCCUUCAUUACCUGGACAUUCAAUGAAUUCAAAUGCGAAACGGAUUCUUAUUUCUCCAAUGCUGGCCCCUGCUGUGCUUGCUGCUUCAAAGAACUCCGGACAGAGGAUACAGAACAAGAUGGGUGAAGGGAGGCUAAGUUGUCAUUCCAAUGGACUGUAAAUUACAGGUCAUUUCAGUGUCAGUGAUGUUACCUGUCAAAGUAGUGAGAAUCUGCAGGUAAUGUCAAUAUGUUCCACUGGGUACCUGCUGGUCUAAUCUGAAGUCUGAUCAUGGAGAAGACUAAUUCAUGGACUGCUGGAGGCCUGAUUGGACAGGGGCCGUGCUUCCCAACUCCAGACCUCGAGUACCCCCCCAACAGUACACAUUUUUAUUGUAACCCAAGAGAAACUCACCUGAUUCAAGUCACUAAGGGCUGUCUGGUUAGUUGACUCAGGUGUGGGAACACUGGACUAGGGUGUGUAUUUUUUGUUGAUUGAACCUUUAUUUAUCCUGGAAGUCCCAUUGCGGUCAGAAGACCUCUUUUUCUAUUGCAUAUUUAGAUUGACUGCGUACUAGAUAAUGACGCUGUAUAAGUCAGAGGAAUAUGGUGGGAGGGGCUAUAGGAGGAUGGGCCCAUUGUAGUGGCUGGAAUGGUAUCAAACAUGUUUGACUCCGUUCCAUUGAUUCCAUUCCAGCCUUUACAGUGGGCCCAUCCUCCUAUAGCCCCUCUCACCAGAUUCCUCUGAUAAGUCUUUGUUGCUGAAUGACAUCCACCCAAAAUGGACCAUCAUACUUGAUCUAUUUAAUUGCUAACUUUCAACAUUCACCAACAGCAUCAACUAUAAACUGCAUCACAUGACCAUAUCUGUCCCCAUAACAGUUACAUUGUUUUAAAAAAUAAAAACAAACGUAGACCAACAAAAUCUAAGGGGAUCCAAUUUGGGAAUUGGAUGAUGAUAACCAUAUGCAAACAGUGACAGUCGGGUACAACGGUGGUAGGUCUGAUUACCAACAAUGAGACGGCCUACAGGGAGGAGGUGAGAGCCCUGGUGGAGUGGUGCCAGGUAAAUAACGUCAACAUAAAGGAACUGAUCGUGAAUGACAGCAGACAGUACGCCCCCAUCCACAUCAACGGGGCCGCAGGGGAGAGGGUCAAAAACAUCACUGACAACCUGAAAUAGUCCCUUCACAAAGACAGCGUGGUGAAGGCACAACAGUGCCUAUUCAACCUUGGAAGGCUGAAAUAAUUUGUCUUGGCCCCCUAAGACCCUCACAAACUUCUACAGAUGCACCAUUGAGAGCAUCCUGUGUAGCUGUAUCACCGGAGGGUGGUGCAGUCAGCCCAACGUGUCACCGGGGGGCACACUGCCUAAACUCCAGGACAUCUACAGUACCCAGUGUCACAGAAAGGUCAAGAAGAUCAUCGUCGAGGACCUCAGUCACGCGUGCCACGGCCUGUACACCUCGCUACCAUCGAGACCAUACAGGUAUAUCAAAACUGGGACCGAGAGCCUUAGAAAUCACUUCUAUCUCCAGGCCAUCAGCCUGUUAAGUCACCACCAGCCUUAGUCACUGUUCUAGCCAAAAAAGUUUGAAAUAUCCAAUAAAUGUCGUUCCCCUUCA